AUGGCCUUGUGCCUGUCCAGAUAUUCUAUGCCCUUUCGUCGGAACCUCACUCGCUUUUCGAGAGAUAGCGUUGCAUUAUCAGAUAUGGUGUCGUUUGGAUCCCCUGACCGGCUCCGGACAGGCGUCCGGUUCUUUUCGAAGUCCCGGCGCAAUUACAACAAUCAAAAUCAGAAAUCAUCGCCCGGAAGCACAUUUGGAUCCCGACUGGGCUUUGCCCUACGGAACACCAAGGUCGAAUGGUACCCGAUCCCGGUUGGUCUGGGAAUCGGUCUCCUAGGCAUUCUUCAUUAUUACAAGUCUCAACGAAAUGAACGAUUACGUAUAGAGAGGGAAUCCGAAGCUUCAGGAGAGUCAUUCGAUUUCUCAAAACCCCCUCCGCGUCCAAAGACCCGACUCAGUGGGCCAUGGCAGGUUCAAAUCAUGUCAACCUUGCCGUUGAAGGCAAUGUCUCGUCUAUGGGGUCGCUUCAAUGAAAUAGAACUUCCUUACUACCUUCGUGUCCCGGGUUUCAAACUAUACUCGUGGGUAUUUGGCGCCAACUUGAAUGAAGUGGCGGAACCUGAUCUUCACGUGUACCCAAACUUGGCAGCCUUCUUCUACCGUAAACUGAAGCCUGGGGUCCGGCCGCUAGAUUCGGAUCCGCACGCUAUACUGUCUCCCUCCGAUGGGCGCAUUCUUCAGUUCGGUCUGAUAGAGCGAGGAGAAGUGGAGCAGGUCAAAGGUGUGACGUACAGCCUGGACGCGCUCCUAGGUUCUGCCACGCCGUCUCAAGCAGACCACUCCAAGAAAUUCAUGGACCAUCAGAAUGAACCCUCGCAAAAAGAUGCUGCCAACAUGUCGGCAGAUGAAGAAUUUGCUAAGAUGAAUGGCAUUUCCUACACGCUACCAUCCCUCUUUUCUGGAGAGCACGCUGGUCUAAGAAAGCGAUCAUCAUCCAUAGAUGCGUCCACAGAAUCCAAAGCAGCGUCCGAAGCCCAGGUUCGGGAGGACCUUGCGCGCGGUGAUGGAAGCCCUUGGUAUGCGCCAAAACCCAUGUCGAAUAAUGCCCUUUACUACGUGGUAAUCUACCUCGCCCCUGGUGAUUACCAUCGGUUCCACUCGCCUGUACCAUGGGUUGUUGAAAGCCGUCGACACUUUGCCGGCGAGCUGUUCUCCGUGUCACCCUAUUUGCAACGACAUCUACCUGGCCUUUUCACACUCAACGAGCGUGUGGUGCUUCUGGGUCGGUGGCGUUGGGGAUUCUUCAGCUAUACCCCAGUAGGCGCUACAAAUGUCGGCUCAAUCAAAAUCAACUUCGACUCCGAACUACGCACCAAUAGCCUUCUGACGGACACCGCGGCGGAUGUGGCCGCCGCAGAAGCCGCCAAGCGUGGUGAGCAAUACCCCGGGUUCGCGGAAGCUACAUACCUUCACGCAAGCCGGACACUAGGUGGCCACUCUCUUCAACGAGGUGAGGAGAUGGGCGGGUUCCAGUUGGGGAGCUCUAUCGUGCUAGUCUUCGAGGCUCCCAUGGGCACGCGCAAGUCGUUUGAUGCCGGUUGGAAAGAGGGCCAGCGAGAAGGUGGAUUGAAUUGGAAUAUUGAAAAGGGCCAGCGGAUACAGAUGGGCCAAAAACUUGGCUACGUCGAUGUCAAGGAGUAG